AUGAAGAACACUGAAGAGAAAACCUUUUUUGCGGCUGUGAGGAUUCCAGAACCUACUUGGAGUUUAGAUGCUGCUGCAAAUGGAAAAGCUGCAGUGAAAUUAUUCGAUGAAGAACAUAGUCAUAGCCGGAGUAAAAAAUAUUGGCCAGUAUUAAUCAAGGACAUUCUUCAUCCACAAGGGUCGUUCGGUCCGAUGUGGAACAUAAUAUUCAUUAUAUCAUGCGUUUUGGCAGUCUCGUUGGAUCCUUUGUUCUUUUACAUUCCACUCAUCAAUCGGGAUGGCAAGUGUCUUCAAUUGGACAAAACUUUGCAGACAGCCGCUCUUAUGUUACGAUCAAUGACCGACCUAUCUUAUAUAGUCCACAUUAUUUUUCAAACUAGAACACUAGUGCUCUCUGACGCAUAUUCUGGGGCAUCAAAAGUAAAGUCUGAUACAGUUUCUUUGAAACGAAUGGGUGGUUUGGUACUUGGCAAGAAGAUUUUGCAGUCAUCCAUCCCGAUUGACAUUUUAUGUAUUCUUCCCCUUCCACAGGUAGUAAUUUUGAUUUUCUUUUCAAAAAUGAGGGGCUCAGGUUCUUUGAAUACAAGGAAGUUUCUAAGCUCUCUUGUUCUAUUGCAAUAUGUGCCACGGGUUCUUCGCAUCUACUUAUCGUGCAAAAAUCUCAACAAGAAUCCUAGCGUAGAGAUAUGGGUUAAAGGUGUAUUCAAUUUCUUUCUCUACAUCCUUGCUAGUCAUGUACUCGGAGCCUUUUGGUACUUUUUUUCUGUUCAACGAGUAACGGCCUGCUGGCAGUAUGCUUGUGCAAAAACUAGAUGCAAACCUAGUACUUUUCACUGUGAUGACAUUUCGUAUGGAAAUGAGACGUUUCUAAAUGAAUUAUGCCCUAUAAAUCAACCAAAUGCAACAGUGUUUGAUUUUGGCAUAUUUCUUGAAGCCAUUCAAUCUGAUGUGUUGGGGUUGCAAGAUUAUCCACAAAAGUUCUUGAAAUGUUUCUGGUGGGGUCUGAGAAAUCUAAGUUCUCUUGGUCAAAACCUGCAGACUAGUACCUAUGCAUGGGAAAACCUCUUUGCGGUUUCUAUUUCCAUAAUUGGCUUGCUACUAUUCUUAUAUCUCAUUGGAAAUUUACAGACGUAUAUGCAGUUGUCAACUACAAGAUCAGAGAAGCUAAGACAGAAGAUGAAAAUGAAAGAUCUAGAAAUAGAAUUAUUGUUAUCUAGGAAUGGCCUCCCCAAGGAACUGAAGGCGGUGUUCAUGGAAAACUUACAACGAAAGCUUGAAAAAAACAAAGAAAUUCAUGUGGUGAAUAUGCUCUCUAUUCUUCCAUUGGAACAUAAGAACAACAUCAAGUACCAUCUCUGCUUGGCCAUGCUAAAGAAAGUGCCUAUGCUGCAAACUGUCGAUGAACAAGUAUUGAAGGUAAUUUGUGAGAAUCUUAAGCCAGUUACAUAUAAUGAAGAUAGUUAUAUGAUUCGAGAGGGAGAACUACUUGACAAGAUGUUGUUCAUCACGCAAGGCAUCGUAUGGACCUAUACAUCUAAUAACGGUAUUGAAAGAUCAAGUGGAUUGGCAUUAAGAACUCGCUGUCUUACGAAAAGCGAUUUCUGUGGCGAAGAAUUGCUAGAUUGGGCAUCAAAGUGUACCUCCUUUUCUGACAUACCCAUCUCUACCAGAAUUGUUAAGGCACACACAAAAGUGGAAGCAUUUGCUCUAAUGGCCAACGACUUGAAGACUCUAGUCUCUAAAUUUUGGUGGCAUUUCAACAAGGACAUGCCAAACUCGCGGGAGGAGUUACUGGCAGCUACUUCCAUUCAAGCAGCAUGGCGCCACAAUCUGGUAAAGAGAAGCCACAAUCGGGUAAAGAGAAGGUCUUCGGCUGUAAGUCCCCUGUAUUUGAUCGAUGACGGUGGAAAAUCACAAAAUUUUAGUACCCCCUUUUAG